ACAUACUUGAAACAAAUUUCCCAAUUCUUCUAAUCUCCGUCUAUUCUACCUCUGCAAAUUCUUCACCAUUUUUUGGAGGGCAGAAAUGUCUCAAUCCCUCGCUUCCCCUUUGAUUCGCAGCAUUGGAUCCACUUCAGUCGGGAACUCACUGUUGCCGAAUCAUCGGCCACCGUUUACAUUACCGGUCAUUCCUCACCGGCAACUCCUGCUUCCAAAUUUACAGUUAUCCGUCAGUAAAUUGAGGAGUUUUGAAGCUCAUGCAUUUGAUCUCAAAGGUAACCAAGGAAUGGCUGAGUUUCAUGAAGUUGAACUCAAAGUCCGGGACUAUGAAUUGGAUCAGUAUGGUGUUGUAAACAAUGCUACUUAUGCAAGUUAUUGCCAACAUGGUCGUCAUGAGCUUCUAGAAAGGAUUGGUAUAAGUGCUGAUGAAGUGGCACGCAGUGGUGAUGCACUAGCACUAACAGAGCUGUCACUUAAGUAUCUAGCACCUCUAAGGAGUGGAGAUAGAUUCGUCGUGAAAGCACGAAUAUCUGAUUCUUCAGCUGCUCGGUUGUUUUUCGAACACUUCAUCUUCAAGCUUCCAGAUCAAGAGCCCAUCUUAGAGGCAAGAGGAAUAGCAGUGUGGCUUAAUAAAAGUUACCGUCCUGUCCGAAUUCCAUCAGAGUUCAGAGCAAAAUUUGUUCAGUUCCUUCGCCAGGAGGCAUCUAACUAAUGUGCUUGUCAACAAAAUCCAUAAGAGUUAUUUUGAUCAAAACAUUUUCCUCUGAAGUGAAAAUUUGGUCUAUUUAGAUACUGACCCAAAAGAUCUAGCAAUGUAUGUAUUUUGUUUGGUUAAUAACACUCUUGCUCCCUCAAUUCUUAAUAAUGUUAAAUUUAGUCCUCGUCUCUCUACCUUCACAAGGUAAGGGGUAAAGUUAGGUGCACAACGCCCUCCUCAUACCUCGCUUGUGGAAUUACACUGGGUAUGUUGUUGUAGUUUCUGAAUUUAGUCCUUGUAAUAUCUAACCACAUUUUUCUUCGAUUAAUUGAAAUGUGUACUUUUAAUCCCUUUACUUGUGAGUAUUUACGAAUUUA